AUGUUAGCUGGCAGGCUAAACAGCCAGCUAACACUCGGCUAAGGUUGUAAUCUUUAUCGUCAACAUUUACGCUACGCAGUAUUGAUAUGAGAUUAAUCAGUGCGGUGGGCAAUUAUACUUGUACUUAAAGGUAUAUUUGUCGUAAACCGUGGUUAGUGUUCCUAGAAACGGAUAAUAAGCUAACGUCAACUUCAAACGGCGGCUAUCCAAUUUUACGCGAUCACAUCUGCGGACUCUGGUUGGUCUCUAAACCCGAACUGUGAGCGUCUGACGAGCCUGGGCAGCUCUCCGUUGGUCGGAUCAGAUGCGUGGGAUGAUGGGAACCCAGAGUAGUCCCGUAAAGAGUUACGAUUAUCUCCUGAAAUUUCUUCUGGUCGGAGACAGCGAUGUCGGAAAGGGGGAAAUUUUGGAAAGUUUGCAAGACGGUUCUGUGGAGUCUCCAUAUGCUUACAGCAGUGGGAUCGAUUACAAGACCACCACCAUUCUGCUGGAUGGGAGAAGAGUGAAACUAGAAUUAUGGGACACAUCAGGACAAGGUCGAUUUUGUACUAUCUUCAGGUCAUAUUCUCGUGGAGCACAAGGCAUCCUGCUUGUGUAUGACAUCACCAAUGGUUGGUCAUUUGAUGGCAUUGACCGUUGGAUCCGGGAAAUUGACGAGCAUGCCCCGGGUGUGCCCAGGAUUCUCGUAGGAAACAGACUCCACCUUGCUUUCAAGAGGCAGGUGCCAACAGAGCAGGCAAGGGCGUAUGCAGAGAAGAACAGCAUGACUUUCUUCGAGGUCAGUCCACUCUGCAACUUCAAUGUCAUUGAAUCCUUCACGGAACUUUCACGCAUCGUACUGAUGAGGCAUGGGAUGGAGAAAUUUUGGAAACCAAACCGAGUCUUCAGCCUUCAGGAUUUGUGCUGCCGCUCAAUUGUGUCCUGCACGCCCGUGCACCUCAUUGACAAACUGCCCCUCCCUGUGGCCAUCAAGUCCCACCUCAAGUCCUUUUCCAUGGCCAACGGCAUGAACGCUGUCAUGAUGCAUGGACGCUCCUAUUCUGUGGCCAACAGUGCGGCCUCAGGCAGCAGCGGUGGGAGCAAGGGCAAUAGUCUGAAACGCUCCAAGUCCUUCAGGCCCCCCCACAGUCCUCCGAAGAGUUCGUCGUCCUCCUCAAAAGGGAACUGUAAGAUCUCGUAGUGAAACAGGUGAAGAACAGUCGCCUCCACAGGAUCAAAGUACAAGUUGUUAGUCUGUGAGGUUACAAGAACCAAGAAGAGCACACGGUGCCUGCGUCUGUCAGGGUCCAGCUCCGCCUCUGACCUCUGACCUGACUUGGAUGGUGGGUUGUUUUCUCUUCUCUUUGCGCUUGCUGGUGCCAUCGUGUGGGUGUCCGUUUACUGGUACUGUCUACGACAGAGGCUCACUGUGAUCACAUGGAACAAGGAAUACGUGGGACCGAACGUGAACUUGAGGAUCAACCGUCAACACUACACACGAGUGAAUGGACAGUCGCUGGCUUUUCUAUGUGAGAGCGUUGUUUCUCUGUAUUUAAAGCUGACCUGAAGUGUUGUAAAUACACUUUUUUGUGAUCUUUCUUGCGGAGGAGACUCUGGUGCCUCAUUUUGUCUUUCCUGUUAUGUAAGUUGAAUGUGAUGAACACGCAGGGCUCACGUUCCCAAAAUUUCUCAGAAUUCCUUCGUUCUCACUGUAAAUUAGACAAACGUCACGUUGCCCUGACAACCUCUGAACCCAUGAAUGAAAAUUUCCACCAAUUAUCAUAAUACUAAGUAUUAUAUAUAUAUAUUUUUUAUCUGAGUCAUCUUUUAAAUGGUUAAGCCACAUGCACACAAUGAGACAUCUGACUUUCGUUCCAAGUUGUUUUACUUUGUGCCAGACAGAUUCUGCUUGUUUGCAGCUUGUUUGUCUUCAGCGCCUCCUUCAGUCUCAUGUUGCUUCUGAUCAAGACAUGAAAUUAUUGUAACAGUUUUCACUGCUUCAUGGAAUUUUUUCAAAUGCAUAUGCUAUGUAUUUAUGAAUGUAAAAUCUUCAUCUACCUUCCUGUGGCCAUGUGCUUGUACAGUAUGAGGGGGCUAUUAGAAUCAGUGGUGGAAAGUGACUGUAUUCCUCUUUUUUUCUGGGCUUGUUGAGGACACGUAUAUUGACCUUGGUGGUUAGACGACAUUGAAGUGCAAUACUUGAUAAAACGUCAUUUAAAAAAAUUAGAAACUGUUAAAACGUUAAUUCUUGUAAGUGCACUGACCCCUACAACCAGACCUGGGAAAAAGGCACUCAAUUUAUAUUCACUGUAAAUUAUAUACAGUAUAUAUAUACAUAUAUAAAUUGUCUUUAACUUGAGUUACAAACCUGUAAUUUUAAUUAUACAUUUCCAAUUUGUGUAAAACCAGAAAAUGUAAUCAGAUAAAAGUAACGUCGUGCUAGGACAGUCCAAUCAGAGACGGACUCUUCAGUCCUGUUCGUUAACACCACUCGAGAACAAAAAAGACGAGUGCCACCUAUUGGUAGCAGAAACAACGACGACACAAAUGCAUUUUGUAAAGUUGUGCCUAUAUAUAUACCAAAACAGCACAGGCGUUUCAGUAAAUUAACCAAAACCAGAUGGUGAAGUAAUUUCACCAUCUGGUGUCAACAUUUUAGGAAUUAGCUUUGACAGGCUGCUACAAAAAUCAGUACCUACAUCAGUCUUCAGAUGAGAGUCUCAUCCUGAAAACAUCAACAUGAACAUGUUCACACCUGGUACUGUUGUUUCUACAGCAUGUAGCCGACAGUGCCGGUGUCUUAUCAGGGUAAAAGAACCAUUUAACUCCAUUUAGUCACAGAACUCUAUUCCUUCAUCAACAGUCACGUCCUCUUUCUGAUGUAGUUUUUUUUCCAGCCCAGCCUCUCGCUGUCUCCACAGUGUGUAACAAGGUCAUUGAGUGCAUUAAAUGGAAAGUGCUGCAUGUUUCCUGCCAGUGCCUGUUGUAUGUGGUGUGUAGUUCAGCACAAUGUCUGAAUGAGUGGACACUUUAAGCACUAUACUGUACUGUCUGUGUUAUGUUAAAAUGGUUGGUGUUGACACAAUUUUGUGUCUGGAGGUUUGGAAACAAAACUAAUGAUAUGUUGUUUUUUUGUUUUGUUUUGUUUUUUUUAAAAAGCCACCUGUAAGAAUAAAGGGUCAAAUGACUUUUCACCAUGUUAAAG